GAGACCUCCUGGCUCUGCCAAGGAGUGACUGCAUAGCAGCAGAACAGCUGUGCCUCUCGGACUCUACCUGCAAUGUCACCUACAGGAUCCUGGAAAACUGUGCCCUUGCUAAGACUCGCUUCCUUCCACUGGAUCAUGAUAGCAGGGUCCGGUGUCUGAAUGCAGAGCUAGACCUUGGAAACAGCUCUUUGCUGCACUGCAAGUGUCACCGGCGCAUGAAGAGACAGGAGCACUGCUUACGCAUUUUCUGGACCGUUCACUCCAGCAUGACAGAUGGUUAUUUCAAUUUGGAGACCUCUCCCUAUGAGAAUCCAGCAAAUGAAGAACACUGGAAGACAGAUUAUAAUAAACUGGCAGCUCUGGUAUCAGGCUCACAGUUAGCAGGAGAUGCAACGAAUCCAUGCCUGAAAGCAACUCAUGUCUGUAAUCUGAGCAAGAAGUGUGUUCGUCUGCGCACAGACUAUGCUUCUACCUGCACCAAGGGAGCAGGAAGCGACGAUGUGUGUGACCGUCGCAAAUGCCACAGAGGGCUAAGGAAUUUCUUUGAGAAAGUCCCUGAGGAUUUCACCAAAAGGAUCCUAUUCUGUCCAUGUCAAGAUGAACUUUGUGGAGAACGACGCCGGAAAACUAUUGUUCCUGAUUGUUCCUUCCAGUAUAACAUCAAACCCAAUUGUCUCUGGCUUCUGGACUCCUGCUUAGAAGACCAUAUCUGCAAAUCCCGACUGGCUGACUUCCAACAAAAUUGUCAACCUGCAGACGUGUCUCCAGAUGGUUGCUCUCAGCACAGCCAUGCUGCAUGCCUGCAGGCUUACAUGGGGAUGAUUGGCACGCCCAUGACACCUAACUAUGUCAGUAACUCCAGUGUGGAGGUCUCCCUGUGGUGUACAUGUGAGAGCAGCGGCAACCAGAAGGAGAAGUGUGACCAGAUACUUGGCAUGUUUGAGAGCAACAAAUGCCUUGAAAAUACCAUUUGGUCUCAAAUGCACCUGAAGAAGACAGCUCUGGAAAGACAGGAAGACUUACUUUAUUCAUCUUCCCUAAGCUUCCAAGGAGAUGGUGCCAGCACAGCUCUUGCUUCAGAAACGUCCCAGGUGGAUGAAGAGAAGACACAGCGAGUCAUCUCCAAACACAGCAGUAUGCCCAUGGCCUCCUCUGUAUAUUCUGGAGCUGCUAUUUCUUGGCCAUCUCUGGCUCUGUUCCUGGCCCUGUUGCUGAGCCCAUGUUAACUUGGCAUAAAUGACAUCUUUCCUUCCCAUAUUAUUAAUCUUAUUCCAUAUCCAGGCACCUCCCACUACUGAUU